AUGGAAUUUGUUAAAUUACUUGUUACAUCAUUCACACCAUCACCACCUAAACAAGCAACAAAGAUAGUUAUUGCUGGUGGAGGUGCUGGUGGUCUAGCAACAGCCUCUCAACUACAAAGAAAGUUUGACAAGGAUGGUGAUAUUUUAAUCAUUGAACCAAGUGAAAAGCAUUACUAUCAACCAUUAUGGACAUUGGUAGGAGGAGGUUUAUUCAAAAAGGAGGAUAGCGUCAGAGAUGAAACUACACUUAUUCCAGAAGGUACAAAAUGGGAAAAGGAUUCUGUCAUUAAAUAUAUUCCAGAUGAAAAUUCAGUAUUAUUAAAGAGUGGAAAAAAGGUAUCAUAUGAUUAUUUGGUGGUUGCUACAGGUUUGACAAUCUAUUGGGACAAGAUAAAGGGAUUAAAAGAGACAUUGGGAAAGAAUGGAGUGACAAGUAACUACUCAUUCGACUCUGUCGAAAAGACAUACGACUUUAUCAAAAAUUUGAAGCAAGGUGUUGCCAUCUUUACAUUCCCAAGUACCGUCAUCAAAUGUGGAGGUGCACCACAAAAGAUUAUGUGGCUUGCCGAUGAUUAUUGGAGAACAGAAGGUGUACGUAACAACAUAUCGGUGCAAUUCAACACGGCUGGUGUAUCCAUGUUUGCCGUUAAAAAGUAUUCCGAUGCACUUGACGGUCUUUGCAAAGAUCGUAAUGUUCAACCAAACUUUAAACAUAAUUUGGUUGAAGUACGUGGUGACACCAAAGAAGCUGUAUUUGAGACUGCUGAAGGUCCAAAGGUUGUUAAAUUCGAUAUGUUACAUGUCACUCCUCCGAUGGGUCCAUCUGACGAGAUUAAGAGCUCGCCAUUGGCAGACCCAGCCACCGGGUUUGUCAGUGUCAACAAAGAGACACUGCAACAUGUCAAGUAUGAGAAUGUAUUCUCGCUUGGUGACUGCUCCAACAUUCCAACCUCCAAGACUGCCGCAGCUAUCACUAAACAAGCUCCAGUCCUCGUAGCCAACCUCAUCAGCCACAAGAAUGGCCAGCCACUCGCCGCCAAGUACGAUGGAUACACGAGUUGCCCCAUUACAACCAGUCGCAACAAAGUCAUAUUGGCCGAGUUUGUCUACGGCAACAUUCCCAAGGAGAGUCUUCCAUGGGACCAAUCCAAAGAGAGUUACUUUGCCAUGGGUCUCAAAAAGUACCUCUUCCCAACUGCCUACUGGUCCGGUCUACUCAAUGGUCGUUGGUUUGGUCCAAAUCUUUUCUUUAAUCCAGUUUCAGUACCAGAUGUAAAAAAGAAUUAA